AUGAAGGCGAUGUUGGACGGGAGCAUAGGGAUAUCAGGAGAACUAUCAUCGCUGCGAAGCUCCGUAUGGCUGGAAUACGAGCUGGCCCAGGCUCUGAUUCAACCACAAGAUCAAAUCUACCGGUACGAGAUGCAUAAACGGAAGGGUCCGAAGAUCCUUGCAGUUGCAGUUGUUGAACGUUUCGAGCUUCAUGUUCGGGCAGAUUUGCAGCCGUCAUUGGCGUACUAUAGCUAG